AUGAAGUUGAAAGGAAAGGAGGAGGAGAGCUCCGACUACGAUGAAGGUUCAAAGGGGAAAAUGACACUUCCGCUUGCGCUGGUAGCGCUGCUGUCUGCAUUUGGAUCUUCUUUCCAGUAUGGCUACAACGUCUCUGUGAUCAAUUCUCCAGCCCCGUACAUGCAAGACUUUUACAACCGAACCUACUUCGACAGGAAUGGAGUGCCUAUGGACAGUGGCUUCCAGACACUGCUCUGGUCUCUUACUGUGUCCAUGUACCCUCUGGGCGGCUUGUUUGGGUCCCUCAUGGUGUGGCCUCUGGUCAACAAUUGUGGCCGAAAGGGCACUUUGCUGAUAAAUAACCUCUUCUCCGUUGCUGCUGCCAUCCUUAUGGGAACCUCAGAGCUAGCAAAAACAUUUGAAGUAAUCAUCCUUUCACGUGUUAUCAUAGGAAUAUAUGCGGGUCUGGCUUCCAAUGUGGUUCCCAUGUUCCUUGGAGAAAUGUCCCCCAAAAAUCUGAGAGGUGCUAUCGGGGUAGUGCCCCAGCUCUUCAUCACUCUCGGGAUCCUUGUAGCUCAAAUUCUUGGUCUCAACAGCAUCCUUGGGAAUGCCAAAGGCUGGCCCGUGCUGCUGGGGCUCACUGGGAUCCCAUCGCUAAUUCAGCUCCUUAUAUUGCCCUUUUUCCCUGAGAGUCCCAGAUACCUGCUGAUACAAAAGGGCAAUGAAGAGCAAGCACGACAAGCUCUGCGGAAGCUGAGAGGCUGGGAUGAUGUAGAUGACGAGAUAGAAGAAAUGCGCCAAGAAGACCAGUCAGAAAAGGAAGAAGGACAUUUCUCCGUACUCAGCCUGUGCACUUUCAGAGGCUUGCGAUGGCAGCUCAUCUCUAUCGUUGUCAUGAUGAUGGGCCAGCAGCUCUCUGGGGUUAAUGCGGUCUUCUACUAUGCAGACAGAAUCUUCCAGUCGGCAGGUGUGGACAACAACAAUGUUCAGUAUGUCACUGUGUCGAUAGGGGCCAUCAACGUCGUCAUGACUUUGAUUGCUGUUUUCAUCGUGGAGUCUCUGGGGAGGAGAAUCCUUCUCCUUGCUGGCUUUGGAUUGUGUUGUGUCUCCUGUGCAGUGUUAACUUUGGCCCUCAAUCUCCAGACCACUGUCUCAUGGAUGUCUUACCUCAGCAUAGUGUGUGUCAUUGUUUACAUCAUCGGCCAUGCUAUUGGAGCCAGUCCAAUUCCCUUUGUGAUGAUCACCGAGAUGUUCCUGCAGUCAUCCCGGCCUGCAGCGUUCAUGGUGGGUGGGUCUGUGCACUGGCUAUGCAACUUCACCGUGGGCCUCGUGUUCCUCUACAUGGAGGCUGGACUGGGGCCCUACAGCUUCCUCAUCUUCUGUGCCAUCUGCCUCGCCACUAUAGUUUACAUCUUCUUAAUUGUUCCUGAGACGAAGAACAAAACCUUCAUGGAAAUCAACAGGAUCAUGGCCAAGAGGAACAAGGUGGAGAUUCAGGAAGACAAAGAAGAGCUUAAGGAUUUCCACAUUGUCCCAGGCAGGCAGGCAGAAAAUAAAAUCUCCAGCAGCAAGCUGUGA